CACAGCACAAAGAUAACAAGGAAGGAACCGUGAGAUAUGGAUUGUGCAGCUCCAUCGCGUUGACCGAUGCACUUCUUCUUAAACAUAAUUUGCCAUGUCUUGGCUGCGUCGACGCAGAUCGUGCAUUGGUCACGUGAUUUUCUCUAAGCGAACAAGUGGAAUCUCAAAGUGACCCGUUUCCCCCCUGCAGGCCCGGCAUGGUUCUGUGAAGAGCUGCGAAUAUACAGCAGCGUAUGAAUAAAGAAUUGGAAGAUAAGGCGGCGCAGACAGACAGCGUCUCCCGUGGAGUUCUGUUUGCAUUGGGUUUGACACUCCACCCCCUCUACCUCUUUCACACCCCGCCCCCCCCCCCCCCUCCUCAAACAUGGAUGGGAAAUUGAAGAAGGGUCGUAGAUGCCGGCCCAAACGAGAAAGGGUGCGGAGGUUGCGGGAGCCAGGGAGCAGGGACCCCCUUAGCCCUGACCCCAACUCCCCGUUCUCUGACAGGGAGGGACACAGUCCCAGGAGGGACGCUAAGAGGGGUCCGCACUCAGCAGCGGCUGCCAGAGCCCCGCGCACCCCCCGGCGGAAGAGACGGGAGUCCAGCUCACAGGAAGAGGAUAUCAUUGAUGGAUUUGCUAUCGCCAGUUUCAUCAGUCUGGACUGUCUGGAGAAGAAAUCAGGGCUACUGAAAACACAGGAGAAGGAGCGAUGGAAGGAGAAGAGGGUUGUAAAACGGACAAAAACCGAAGAUGAGGAGGUGGAAGAGGAAGAGGAGAAUGUUCAGCCUUUUGUCGAUCCACUGGAGAAAGGAUUCUUUCAUCAUGCCCAGCGAGAACAGGAGAGGAUGAACGAGAGGCUUCUCAAAAAAACAUACUCCAAGAAGAACAAAAUGAUCAAACCAUUACUGCUCCGUCCAAUCAAAUUUGGUAAGGACGAGACAAUGCCGGACUUCAGCCUACCUCACAGGAGCAACACCAAGGACCAGCUGAAUGAGGUGCCGCCAGCAUCAGUGACCCUCCUCAAGUGUGACAGCGAGAGUGACAUUGACAACAAGGUGUCUGAUGUAGGAUUAGAAAAGAUCUUUUCUUCUACCACACCCAAAGGUGUGCCAGCGAAUGAGAGUCUUGAGUCCAAGAGUUGUAGCUCAACCAAAGUGUCCGGUCUCCGGCGCAUCCGGGAGCAGAACAAUAUUGAGGUUCCAUUUGCACCACCACUGCCCAGCCCUACCCCGGCCUCAGCACCCACUGGCUCCCCAGCCCCAGCUGCAGCUGCGGCUCCCCCAGAACCUCCUCGAUCUCGCCUCCUGACGCCUUCUCCUCUUAGCGUCAAGAGGGAGCCACAACUUCCACCCCCUGUCCCUUCCCCUUCCCAGCUGAGGGCACUACCUCAGUUCUACCCUCCACACCCACACUCACAGCAGGAGCCCUGUGUCCAUCCACCCCCACAGCAUCCCUCCCGGCCAAUCAUAAGCCAUCAAGCGCACCACCCUCUGCAGUACAGCCUCCCCAGCAUCAGCCACCAGAGCAGUCCACUACUUCCUAAACAUCAUCUCUCCCCAACGCAACACCACCCACUCAGUGGGCUGCCAUCCUCGGCUCCCACAUUGCCUCUGUCUAUAGCCAACCUCUCUACCUCGCACUAUUCCUCCCUACGGAGCCCGGCACAUCGCCAUUCGGCCAUGUUUGCAACCCCAGCCACACUGCCUCCACCACCAACCUUACCUACCAACAGUUUAGUGGUGCCUGGGCACCCAGCGGGUACCCCCUACCCAGAGCAUGAUCUACUGCGGCAGGAGCUGAACAACCGAUUCCUGGUUCAGAGUUCGGAGCGGGGCCGGGGGCCACCCGCCUCGCCGCUGGCCCCCGUGUCGCUCCUGAGGGCCGAGUUUCACCAACACCAGCACAUGCACCAGCACCAACACACCCACCAGCACACCUUCACGCCAUUCCCUGCCAGUCUGCCCCCGGCCGCCAUCCUCACCCCGCCCACCGCACCUCCCAUGGUGCGUAACCAAGUCAGAAAUUUUGACAAAUACACCCCUAAACUGGACAAUCCGUUCAUCAGACAUCAUUCAAAUUUCUUCCCCUCCUAUCCCUCUACCAUGCCAGGCAUGCCCCCACUGCUCCCUCACUCAGGACCCUUCAGCUCACUGCAGGGAGCCUUCCAACCCAAGGCGUCCAAUCCCAUUGAUGUAGCAGCACGUCCUGGAGCAGUACCUCACACACUCCUUCAAAAAGAUCCAAGGAUAACUGACCCAUUCAGGACAAAUGUUCGAAAACCUGGCAAGUGGUGUGCAGUGCAUGUCCAGAUCGCAUGGCAGAUCUACCACCACCAGCAGAAAAUGAAGCAAAUGCAGCUGGACCCCCACAAGCUAGACAUGAAUGGAAAACUGGACCUCUUCAGCAGACCCCCGGUCCCGGGUGUCUUUCCAGGGUUCCCGUAUCCUCAUGACCUGGCACGACCCCUCUUCUCCUCCUCCGGCUCAGGCCACCCAGCUCCCUCUCCGUAUGGCCCCACUCCUCACCCUAGUGGUUUUCUGCCUCCUACCCAUUUGGCUGGUAAGUAUCCUUUCAGUCGCUCCAGUUCCUUUGGCGGCCUCGGCAACCUUUCAAGCAGUGCCUUCGGAGGAUUAGGCAACCCCUCGCUUGGGUCUAACAGUAUGUUUGGCCCCAAGGAAGGCCCUGGAGGACUGCCUCCAUUUAGCAGCCCACAACAUGAUACCUGGAACAGGCUACGACGAACGCCACCGUCUUUCCCCACCCCGCCGCAGUGGCCUAAAACUGCAGAUCCUGAGAGGAGCAGCUCCGCCAACAGCCACGAGCGGGAACGAGAGCGGGAACGUGAACGGGAAAGAGAUAAAAGAGACUCAUCCAUCGGAAAAGAUGAGAAAGAUAAAGACCGAGAUUCGGUGGAUCGCAAUCGCCACUCCAACCGGUCAUCUCCAGCCUCCGCACCAGUCAGCUACCAGAUCAGCAACUUAAUUCGCUCCAACAGCCAGAACAGUGAUCCGGGACGGCAUCACAGUGGCAGCCUAGAUCGUGUGCGCGAGGCGGAAAAAGAGCUAUUAGAACGGCAUAGAGACUCCUCCGCCCUUGUUGACGUCAAGAUAAAAGAAAGCCGCUCGCCUAGCAAGGAGAUACUAGAGAGACGAUCUUCCGAGGACUCUGUUGUACCAUCCCAGCGUUCUCCCUCUCCAUACUCCAAGGCAGUGAUCAAUGAGCAAAGCAUGAAGAUGGCGGGCGGGCCCCCACCGACACUCAAAGAUAGUGAGAGGAAAGAGCCUCCAACUGGGGAACAAUUUCACAAGGUCAAAAAUGACAUGAAGAUCAAGGAAGAGAGAAAGGAGGAGCAGGAAGUUAUGGUGGUGAGUUCUGAGCCAGCUUCCCAGCCUCCAGUGCAAGUGCAGUCUGCUCUCAUUGCCCAGCCUGGUAAUCCACACCACCACCACCCUCCUUUGUCUCAGCAUCCUCAUCUUCCCUCCCCUCGUGGCAGUGACAUUCCAGCACCGAGUUUGCAUGGUGUUCCCAUGGCACACUCACUACCCCUUUCCAUGAGUGCCAUGCCCCAAAUGGGCAGCUUAAAUGUUCUCGAUCGUGCUCGCAUGGCUCCCUUCAUGGGAGUCAGCCCGCUGGCAGGAAGAGAGCGCCUACCCCACCCGGCGUUCCCUUGGGACCCGCUCCGAGAAGCCUACCGCAGCUUGGACCUGCAGAGGCGCAUGGACUUCCAGCUCAGGGCCGAUCAAGGACAUCGUUUCCCCAGUGUGUACGAACAGGAGCGGGCCUACCGCGAGCGUGAGGCUCACGACUACUCUCACCACGAGCACCUUUUGGAAGUUCGCAGGGAGCACGAGAGGAUGAGGCAGCAGGCGGAGGAGCGAGAACGCCUCCACUUGCGGGAGGAGCUGGACCGAGCACGGCUUCAUCAGCUGCACCAAUCCCCGAUGGAAGGUCACCUACCGCACAUGCCUCCGUUUAUGCCCCACCUCGGUGGAAUGCCCUACCCCAGACUCAGCCCCUCCACUGGGCACAACGGCCUUCUGAACAGAACGCCUCCUACUGCUGCACUAAGUGCCCCCCCGCCACUUGUGCCAGCCAGCAGUGCCAGGCCAGCCUCCCCCAGGAGGACUACACCCCUCACAAACACCCAGGACCCUCGAGACUAUUCCCCGUCUCGCAAACCCAAAGAGGUAGAGGCACGGUAGCUUGGUGAAAAAGCGCGCUCGCAAGCUCCACACCCCCAAUCCAAAAUUGUCCGUUGAACAAAAUGCACUCCUCUUCCAAAGAGAAGAGCAGAAUUCCCCAAGGGAAAGGGUAUGAUUGUACAGUAUCUGGUUAAGCACAUGCCAUGAAUAUUUUUGUGGACUGAAGGUAAUGUCGAGAGAACACAAAUGUGUGUAUGUUUAUAUCCACCUUGAAUAUUUGAUAAUUAUUAAUAUAUUAAUCAAAUAUCUUUUCAGCUUUAAGUGAAAAAGGCUGUUCAGAAAUGGUUUGUAUAUUUGCUAUCCUUGUUUCAUGUAUAGAUAUCAUUUCUAUAAAUUUGAUGUAAUUUGUGCGUUAGUCACACCUUUUACAAUAUUUAUCCCCAUCGAUUGUGUGUCAUAUCCAUUAUGACUGUAAAGACUGGAUUUGGAUUAAUUUAACCUCAUGGUACCAGGAUAUCCUCAAAGUGGCAAUGUAUAUACAUUACCAAUUUGUUUUGCUUCUUAGAUAUGCAGACAAAUAUAUAAAAUGAGGUCUUUGUUCAGUGUCUGUACAGAAAACCGAUGUAAAUAAUCUGUGAAUAUCUUUGUUUCCAAAUGACUAUGUGCAAAUUUUCAAGGCUUUUUAACCAUUUCUAAAACACACAGACAAAAUAAUAAGUCAAAUUUGCGGAAAAGGAACUCUACUGAAUAUCAAGGCAACAGACAAGCCAUGCCAAUGGAUGCAAAGUGACAGUAGGUGCUGGAAGGGAGCCUUGAAGGAUCAUCUGCAAUCUAUGCAAAGCAGCAAUGGCACCCUCACUAAAUUCUCCAGGAGGAAGCAAACCGUAAAACAUUUGGGUAAACCCAUGUUGAUAUUUAUCGAUGAAAUAAGAAUGGAAUUAUCAAAAGACUUCCAUGUCAUAAACUGGACCAGACCCGGACUGAAAAGUGGGACACUUUAAAGUGGGCAGCAAAAAGACUUCUCUCUGUCAAACUUGUGUUCAUGUGCAGUUGUUUUUCUUAGACUCUUGUAUACAAAAGAAGUAGAAUUUUAGGCGUGCAAAAUAAAAAAUGAACUUUCAUGGUUUAAAAUGUACGGAAUAAAGUUCGGACCUAAUGUCAUAUUUUUGGCCUGCCCUUGUCAUUGUAAGCUACAACAAUGUAAUGUUCAUGUUUUGCCACUAACGGGUCACCUUUUUAGUUUAUGGGGUAUUUAUUCAUCUGCAGUCAGUUGAAGUACUUUGAAAUCGUAAUGGUAGCGUAUUUUUGAAGGGAACCAUUGACAGAAAGACUUGUAGUUUUAAAGAUAAAUGUUAGUACGAGUUAUAAUAAUUUGAAAUUCAAACCCCUUUUAAUGUUUUCAUUUUGAUAAAAUUUGAAAAAUUUGUUUAACUAGUAGGUCGCCAUUGUUGUUGACGACGGAAUGCACUGUGGGCGGUGAUGUCACAACGCAGCGCUGCCGUACUUCCACAGUGUCACUCGUUAGCUACAUAAACAUGUCAUAGGUUCUCCCCU